GAGUAGGCUGCUGAGAGCAGGCGCGCGGGGCAGGCUUCCCCGGCGCCCAGCCCUGAAGAUGACACAGGCCCGAGCAUCACCUGCGCGGCCGCUCUAGCUCGGUUCCGGGUUCGCGCACCUCGGUGGUGGCGUCGGAGGAAUUGGAGGCCGGUCUGUUGACCAGUUUCCGGGCCCUGGUGGUGCGGUCUGAGCCCGGUGCUCGGGAGACUGUGGGUGGAGAGGCCUAGGCCUGCGCGUCGGAGCCAGCCGCCAGCCUUCUCCCUCCGCCCGCAGACCUGCUUGAUCUGAGGAGGAACUGCCCCACUGCAGAAGGGAUGGGAUCAGAGAACAGUGCUUUAAAGAGCUAUACACUGAAAGAGUCGCCGUUCACCUUGCCCUCUGGACUUGCUGUUUAUCCCGCCACACUGCAAGAUGGGAAAUGUGCCUCCGUGUUUGUAUAUAAGAGAGAAAAUGAAGACAAGGUUAACAAAGCCGCCAAGCACUUAAAGACCCUUCGUCACCCUUGCUUGCUAAGAUUUUUAUCUUGUACUGUGGAAGCAGAUGGCAUUCAUCUUGUCACUGAGAGAGUGCAGCCUCUGGAAGUGGCUUUGGAAACCCUGUCUCCUGCAGAAGUCUGUGCUGGAAUCUAUGACAUAUUGCUGGCUCUUAUCUUCCUUCAUGACAGAGGACAUCUGACACACAACAAUGUCUGCUUGUCUUCUAUUUUUGUGAGUGAAGACGGGCACUGGAAGCUCGGAGGCAUGGAAACUGUGUGCAGAGUUCCUGAGGCCACAGCAGAGUUUCUCAGGAGUAUCCAGUCAGUAAGAGACCCAGCGUCUAUUCCUCCUGAGGAGAUGUCUCCAGAAUUUGCAGCCCUUCCCGAGUCCCAUGGCCAUGCCCGAGAUGCCUAUUCCUUCGGAACUCUGGUGGACAGCUUGCUCCCCAUCUUGAAUGAGCAGGUUUCAGCGGGUGUUCUCUCCAGCUUCCUACAGACCUUGCACUCAGCUCUACUGAAUCCCACGCCGACCUGUCGACCAGCGCUCAGCACCCUACUGUCCCAUGACUUCUUCAGGAAUGAUUUUCUAGAAGUUGUGAAUUUCUUGAGAAGUUUGACAUUAAAAAGUGAAGAUGAAAAAACUGAAUUUUUCAAAUUUCUGCUGGACAGAGUGAGCUGCUUGUCAGAAGAAUUAAUAGCUUCAAGAUUGGUGCCUCUUCUGCUUAACCAGUUAGUGUUUGCUGAGCCAGUGGCUGUUAAGAGUUUUCUUCCAUAUCUCCUUGGCCCUAAGAAAGAGAACGCACCAGGAGAGACUCCGUGCUUGCUCUCGCCAGCACUCUUCCAGUCACGGGUGGUCCCUGUGCUGCUCCAGUUGUUCGAGGUCCACGAGGAGCAUGUGCGGAUGGUAUUACUGUCCCACAUCGAAGCCUACGUGGAGCACUUCACGCAGGAACAGCUGAAGAAAGUCAUCUUGCCACAGGUACUACUGGGCCUUCGUGACACCAGCCAUUCCAUUGUGGCAGUUACUCUUCGUAGCCUGGCGGUGCUGGUAUCUCUACUUGGACCAGAAGUGGUUGUGGGUGGAGAAAGAACCAAGAUCUUUAAGCGUAGUGCUCCAAGUUUUACCAAAACUAGUGACCUUUCCCCUGAAGGUGAUCAGUUUUCUCACUCUAUUAAAUUCCCUAUGAAUGGAAUCUCAGAUGUGAAAAUCAACUCAGAGGACAAUGGAAACCUCCCAGCAGGUUCUAGUAAGCCUGAGGAGUGGCCUGACUGGAGUGAGCCUGAGGAGUCCGAGCAAACUGCCAGUGUUCAGAUGCGGCCCCACGAGCCUUGUGCAGAGUCCCAGCACAGGAAUCUGAAGGCAGAGGAGUGCUGGGAUGACUGUGAGUCUAGUUCUGGUACCCAAGUAGACACAGUGGCUGCCGCCUCUGCUGCCACGCCUGUUACCUCAGGAGAGCAGAAGCCCACUGCAGCAAGGCUUCCUCCCACUCAGCACUCUGCGCCUUUGAAAUGCAGCCCUUCCUCAAAGACCAGUCACACACAGCAUGGGGACGUUAGACCACCAGAAGCGUCCCAAGAAAGACCCCUUAAAGUUCGGUCACAACUUGGUUUAGGAGAAGAGUUCACCAUACAAGUAAAAAAGAAGCCAGUACAAGAUCCUGAGUUGGACUGGUUUGCAGAUAUGAUCCCAGAUAUUAAACCUUCAGGUACUUUCCUUAUUUUGCCUGAACUGAGGACAGAAGUGAUGGUCCCUGACAAGGACGACGUCUCCACAGUGAUGCAGUUUUCCUCAAAAUUUGCUGCAACAGAACUGACUGAGGGAGAGGCAGAAGGCUGGGAAGAAGAAGAGCUGACCUGGGAAGAUAACAACUGGUGACAAUGAGGGAGAGCUUAAACUUCAGGAAGAAUUCUAAAAGAAGUAAUACCUCAAAGCAAGCUGCAUGGAUGUUAAACCCCAAAGCAGCCUGAGUUCCCCAAACCAGAAGCUCUUUUUGCAGUCUGUGCCAACUAACUCAAGCAUGAGACCAACUUCGAGUUGCUGACUAAGCCGUGAGUGGCAGAAGGCUCUCAGUUCCAGAUUCUAGGAAGAGCCUGUGUGCACUUGAUCGAGGCCAGUUCCAUGAAAAGUAAGUAGCUAAAGUGCUUUUUCCAGGAAAAUUCUGGAAAUAAAGAAAAUAAAAAAACUCAAGCCGGUAAGCUUAAUUUUGUGCCAUUCCUUUAAAAGAGUAAGCUCUACUAUGAAAUAAUGACUUACUGAAAAAAAAAAAGUCUAGCUGUAAAUUCUAACUUCAAACUGCUAAGGUUCCUUAAGCAACUUAUUUGUUUACAGUUUAUCAUCUGAGUAAAAGAAAGGUCCCUCCUUUGGACCUACCUAGGCAGUUACUGUUUCACGUGUAUUACACUGUACCAAAGUUCUCAAUGAGAAACAUCCCCCAUCUUGUUCUGUGUCAAAUAAAGACUAUUUUCACAUUUAUAAAAGUUUUUAUAUGUGCAA